AUGUUGUUCAGACAUAUUUUUGGAUUACUAGUUGGAAUCAAUCUGAUAUUAACAGUCAUAUGUCAGUCUCGGAGUUACUUCAAUAGGAACUGUCCGCUGAACAAAUCUAAUGGCGUUAGAGAAUGUAAGAUGUAUGUAGACACUCGCUUAAAUUUUAUUGACUUCAGACAAUGGACAUCUGGGCUUGGGAAUGCAGUAAAAGUUUCCUUAGAUAUAACCUGUAGUUCCAAUGGACGAAUUUAUAUUCCAUGGCCAAUGAAAGCUAAUGGACUGAUUAAACUUACUAUUGAAGGAUGUACACUGGAAGGAUAUGCUUCGGAGUUUAAUGCCCCAACAAGGCUGAAAGAUGAGCUACAAGAUUUAUCUUUGGAUAAUAUCGUCAUUGUCUCCAAUCUAGAUAGUAUAUUUGAUAUUAUAUACAAACCAGUUACUCAGGAAUACGACUGUGGACAACAAACUUUACGGAGUUCAGUAAGACGUAAUAUAUCAUACAUGUUCCCAAAUAUAAACGAUCAACGUUUGAGUAAAAGACAUGAAGCGCUAUUAAUGUCAUCGGCCGAUGAGUUGAUUAAAAAGUCGAAGCAAAAACGGUAUAGAUGCAAUUACUCUGAGUUAAAUUACAUUGAUCAAAGUCUUAGCAGAACUCGCAGUAAAUUGUACUUACAACUGAUGACUGCUUAUUCGGAGUACCCAAAUCUUCAAACUUUUCUUAUUGCUGACAAUGGAUACAGGAGAGUUCCACAAGAGUUAAUUGAUUGGAGGAAAUCUUUCCCACAACUUACAUUAUUAGAUAUGUCUAAAAAUAAAAUCUCAAAAUUUGAUUUCUUGGGAGCACCUUUUAAAAGGAUGAACACGCGAUCACAACCGCUGGUGGCUGAUCUAUCGAACAACCUCGUUACAACCAUUCCACUGAACAUUCCGGAUUAUCUCACUGGUUCUGUGCCGAUUAUUGUUGACUUAACAGGUAAUCCAUUGAAUUGUAAUUGUGACUUCUUAUGCUAUAAAAAAUAUGCAAUGGAAGCGAUCAGACGGUUUGGAAGGUAUAACCAUUUAUCUCAGAUAACCUGUUAUUCACCACGAUCACGCAGGAAAAUUAGUCUAGCCAAUUACCGUAACAACAAUUGUUUGAUAUGA